CAACAACAGCGGCCCGAUACUCCGACACAAUGACCGGCGACAACCAACAGGCAGGCAAGAAGUCGUACCACACGAAAGCGACGGGCAAUGCUCUCGAGACAGUGCAGAAACACGCGCAAGAGAAUGAGCUGAAGCUCUUCGGGAGCUGCUUCUGCCCCUUCGUGCAGCGCGUGUGGAUCUCACUCGAGCACAAGCGCAUUCCCUACCAGUACAUCGAAGUGGACCCGUACAAGAAGCCCAAGUCACUGCUGGAGGUGAAUCCGCGGGGCUUGGUGCCUGCACUACGCCAUGGCGACUGGGGCUGCUACGAGAGCACAGUGCUCAUGGAAUACCUCGAGGACCUUGAUGCCGGAAAUGCAUUGUUGCCGCCCGAUGCAAAGAGCCGCGCGCACAGCAGGCUGUGGAGCGACCAUAUCAACCGCCACCUGAUCCCUGGCUUCUACCGCUUCUUGCAGGAGCAAUCUCCCGAGAAGCAGAUUUCGUACGCAUCGGAGCUCAAGACCGAAAUCGGCAAGCUCGUUGACGCAGCCCACGCUGAGGGCCCAUUCUUCCUAGGCGCAGACAUCUCCUUCGUCGACAUCCAAAUGGCGCCUUGGGUUAUCCGUCUGAACCGCGUGUUGAAGCCAUAUCGGGGGUGGCCGGAGCCGGAGCCUGGCAGUCGUUGGGCGAAGUGGGUGGAGGCGAUUGAGAAGGAUGAGAGCGUCCAGGCGACGACGAGCAGCGAUGAGCUGUAUUUGGAUAGCUACGAGAGAUAUGCUGAGAACCGCCCAGACACGUCGCAGCUGGCGAAAGCCGUGAAUUCGGGACGCGGGCUCCCGUGAUUGCGGUUCUUGAUACUAUAACCGUAAGAAAGAAAGCCUUUUUACUUACCGAUAAUUUCUCAUUUACCUGUUAAUCCACCUCUUUCAAGCCGACGGAAGAGCAUUGCUCGACGGCAGUAACGGAUGUUGCUCGACAUAAGCACAAGGAUGCCUUCUCCUUUCUUGUUUGAAGCCUCAACAGCAGAAGCAAUGGUACGAAGUAGGGUAGUACGUAGGUACAUACCUUAAUCCGCGAAUACCCGUCAGCGAACCAGUCUCU